AUGUUUACUAAUUUGUGUAUUACUAGUUUGUUUAAGUCACUGCCGAAAGUCCCACCAUAUAACGGCUUCGUUCCCGCAGAGAAGUCCUUCAAACUGGCAUUUAUUCAGAUUUUUUAUAAAAACGCGGACGGCGUACACUCCCAGAACGGAUCAUGGCAGUUGACAUACAACAUAGAUUUACCCGAAUUAUGGGAGCCAAUCGGGACCGAGGGACAUUUAUUUGGGGAAGACAAUUGCAAGCCUUCUGAGGAGAAUACAGAAGAGAUGGGAACGGCCAAUGCAGAGGACAGUGAGGAGGAUUGGUUCUAGAUGUUCUUUUGCUCAUCCAAAAUAUAUAUACAUAUAUUCUCCCUUCCUAUAAUGGAAUCCUUUUUCCUCCCCUCCUUCUUUUAAAUUUAUAUUGUAAAGAAAUUCAAUUU